GGGCGGCCGGGCGCGCGGCGAGCGCGGGAGCAGGGCCUGAGCCGGCCUGGGAGCCCGCGGAGCCCGCGGAGCCGAGCGCAGCGAGAGAGCGAGCGCGCGAGCGGGCGAGCGCCUGGGCGGCUGCGGCGGCUCCUCGCGCGAUGGCUCCGGCCGCGGACCGCCAGGGCUACUGGGGCCCCCCGACCUCCACGCUGGACUGGUGCGAGGAGAACUACGCGGUGACCUGGUACAUCGCCGAGUUCUGGAAUACAGUGAGUAAUCUGAUUAUGAUUAUACCUCCGGUUUUUGGUGCAAUUCAGAGUGUUAGAGAUGGACUGGAAAAGCGGUACAUUGCUUCCUAUUUAGCACUCACAGUGGUAGGAAUGGGAUCCUGGUGCUUCCACAUGACUCUGAAAUACGAAAUGCAGCUCUUGGAUGAACUCCCAAUGAUUUACAGCUGUUGUAUAUUCGUGUACUGCAUGUUUGAAUGUUUCAAGACGAAGAGCUCUGUAAACUACCAUCUGCUUUUUACCUUAGUCCUAUUCAGUUUAAUAGUAACUACAGUUUACCUUAAGGUAAAGGAGCCUAUAUUCCAUCAGGUCAUGUAUGGAAUGUUGGUCUUCACAUUAGUAGUUCGGUCUAUUUAUAUCGUUACAUGGGUUUAUCCAUGGCUUAGAGGACUGGGUUAUACAUCCUUGGGUAUAUUUUUAAUGGGAUUUUUAUUAUGGAACAUAGAUAACAUCUUUUGUGACUCACUGAGGAACUUUCGAAAGAAGGUGCCACCUAUCAUAGGUGUUACCACUCAGUUUCAUGCAUGGUGGCAUAUUUUAACUGGCCUUGGUUCUUAUCUUCACAUCCUUUUCAGUUUAUAUACAAGAACACUUUACCUGAGAUACAGGCCAAAAGUGAAGUUUCUCUUCGGAAUCUGGCCAGUGAUCUUGUUUGAGCCUCUCAGGAAGCACUGAUGAAUUAUUUCACCAAGAAAACAAACAAAAAAAGCGCAUACCAUAGACCUGGCCAAAUGAAUAAGGAAAUCCUUAAAGAUCUACAUGUUCAAAUAUAUCUGACCAUCGUAGCUUUGGAGUGACUUUCUGAUUAAUGCUGCCAGCCACACAAAGAAUGAGGAAUGGGGUUUUUGGGUGUUUAACUUGUAUCUUUAUCUCAUUUGUCUUCCUCCUCCUCACCCUCACCCUAAUGUGUUUAAAAAGAAAUAAGACAUGAUGUGUAUGUAUAUACUCGAAUGCCGGAAAAAUUGGGCUUUUCUUAACAGGUUAGCAGUUUAUGCUGAUCAUAGGAAAUUAACUGUUCUUUUUUUGACAAGGCUUGCAUGUGAAUUAAACUUCUCUUAAUACUUGAUUAAAUACUGAAAACAGCUAAGGACUGGCAAAACCCCAUAUCCAAAUGGCCAGCUGUAAGGCUGCACUUAGCUGUGUCAGCCUUGGUUUAUAUUUUUGUCAUAGUAACCUCAUGGAAGGUUGUUUCCAGGGUAAAAAAAAAAAAAGCUCUCUGUGGGAUUCUGGUAGUUCUUCACUGUCUGCCUCUGGGCUAGUCAGUGUCAGAGACAAGCUCCGAGCUGCCACUGGGUUCUAUACUUGUCACAUUCCAGAUCUGUGGUGGGCUCUGGGGUGUCUGUGUGUGGUUACAGCCCUGCAGAGUGGGUGUGUCUUGUAAGCUUUACGCAGGCCAUCAGGACGCGUGUAGAAUGUCACUCCUUUAGCUAAUUACAUGUGAUUUCUCUUUCUUUUGACCUUUGCAGAUAUUUAAAUUAUCACUGUUUUUAUGUCUAGGAAAACAUGAUUGGUGGUCUGACCAAUCCACAUUUCAUCCUCCUAUCCUCCUAGCAUAACUUACUUGAAGUGAAUGUCAUUAUACUCUGACUUUUUAAAUUAUGCAGUGUUCUCCAGUUUUCAAAGAGGCUGUAGUUAAGGCCAGGGAAAUGUGUUGGCUUAACUAGAGCUAAAAUGAUCAGGAUCCUAUUUACAGAAAGCUUAUUAGAAUACCUGCUCCUUCUUUUUUUUGAAGGAAAUGCAUAUUAGGGUUGAAAACAGCUGUAAUUUACUUGAACUUGUAACAGAACUACCAAAAAUUAAAGUGCUAAUGGCAGUGAAAUCUCCUUGUAAGGCAGCUAGUUCUAAUUUGGAUUUGAAUGUAUAACAAAUAGAAUCAUUCUUCAUAAACAUAACACCUUCCUGGAGUAAAAACCUGAUUUUGACCCCUUUGCACACACAUCACUCUAUUUGUAGCUCUGUACCAUUUAGCAUUUUUAUAACUUUUUCCUGCUUAUACAUUGUUAUAAAAUCCAGGCUGUUUUUACUACAUGGUGUCAUGACCACAGAUUAAAUUCUGAGCAACAGCUUCUAAAAGAAAAUCAUUUUUUCUUAUGCAAAGGUAUGAAACACUCUUGUCAUUUUUCCAAUUUUCAGGAAGUAGCUUUGGUACAAAUUUAAAACCAAAACAAAUUUUGUUGUUUUUCUUCACCAGCUGGCCUUAAUUUUAGUCCAAGUACUAUUUUCCUUACUUUAGCAUGCCAACACGCCCUUAGGCAGAUACUCCCACCUACUCUUAUCAUCUCCAGCAGAAAAAAACACUUGCCAAAAUAUAAAUCUAAAAGAACUUUAGUUGUGCCUUAGGAAAAUAUAAACUAAACAGCUCCAACACAAGCCCUUAGGACUAUUCUUUUACCACAAGAUUCUGGCGUCUGGCUACAUUUCAUGUGCAGCUGCCUAAGCUGUCAACCAUCUGACGUUUUUAAAUUAGUUCGUUUGUUUCACGCCAUUGUCUUCUUGUCCUUUUCUCUAAGAUAUACUUCUGCAUAAAGAAUCCAUGUACAGAAACAAAGGCACAUCCUUCCUGACUGUGCUGCUAACCCCGAGACUGAGGUUCUGCCCUAUUGAAGUCAGAUUCAGGGUCUAGAGAGCACACCCUGACACUGAGGCCGUUUACAACAGCAUGUUGAACGAGCAGUUCAGCCACCACCACCUGUAGUUCCUCUUGAAUAAAGCCUCAUUGGAGACCUGUAACACUGUGGCCAGUUCUUCAAAGGCCCUUGCUUCUGUUGUGAAAACAAACAGCGUGAAAGCUCAGCAAAACACAUUUUAGAAGUGUUGAGCAGAAAGCAGAGACCAAAUCCAGCCUCCUAGAUUUUUUCCCAAUUAGUUUGUGGCUCACACGUGGUUCUCUUGUCAGCAACUCAAGUAUUAGCACACUCAAGACUUUGUGCCGUGUCAGUCAAGUACUAUGGAGAUAAUGCUGACCUUUGACUAUUGCCUCUUUCAAUGGCUUUAUUUUUUCUCUUCUAGGAUUCUGGGUUGUGUUUUUACCGGGUUGGGUUAUUAACACCCCCCCCCCCCCCCCCCCCGCCGCCCUUUAUUUUCUUGGGAGAGUUCCUGUUAACAGAAAAACCUGUUUCCUGCUAUGCAGAUAAUUUGUUUGCAUAUCACCUGGUGUGAAAGGCGGAGGUGUCAUAUCAUCUGUGAGCCCCGUAGCAAAUUGUAUGUCAGAAAACAUUAGUGCUUCAUGAGGAUGCGAAAGAAGCAGUUACCUUGCACAUUUUAGUAUCCUACCCUUGCUGCCAAUUUUACUCCCGAAAAGUUGAAAGCGGUUUGAUUCUUUUUAAGGAAAACCUGUGUGAAAGGUGGAGGUGUCAGCUGACGAUCACUACUCACCCUCCCCACCUCAGUGCUUUGGUGAAACAUUGCCACUCCCGAAAUGAUCUCUUUAUCCUUGUGGUAGUAUAUACGUGAAUGUUCCACAGGAGAAGCAUUUAUCUUUGAAUAAUCCGCAAAUCAGAACCCCAAACAGUGGUUUAGAAUUACAUCAAAUAUUGUGGUUUAAACUCAGCGCAAAGUUCCCAGGACUGGGCUCUCCUUUUACCAGGAGGGUUUUCAUAUACCAAGGAGAGGAAGAGGUGUGAGUCAAAGAAAAUCAAGAAACCAAAAACUUCAGGUACACGAUGCAUGAACAUCUUUAUAAAUACCUGAAAAAAACUAAGUUCUGUUUUAAUGCCAACACUUUCAGAAUUUAACCAGGGUCCCUAAAGAUGACUAACAGCUUAGUUUAAGGUUUCGAAGAGUCCAAUGGGUUGCAUAUUACUUUGCUCUUGAAAAAAAAAUCAUCUGUUACUUUGUUUUAGCUCUUAAUUCCAUAUUUACACAACAGAAAAAAUUAUUCUAACCCUGUAGUUUAUGAUGUACUACUGGAUAAGCAUUUAUGUACAAUUUAUGUUUCAAAGAGAAUCAGUUCUAAUUGGAAUGUGCAACUGUGUGGUGAUUUGCAGAUAACCUCUGUCUUAACAUUUUGCAUCAUAUCAUUGCCAUAAUGUAAUUAGUUUGAUCACUUUGUCUUAUUUUUCAGUGUCUAAAAUUACAGCUUCAUCACCAUGCUGUAAACAUUUGGAAAUAAUGACUAAAAUUUAGCUAAAUGUAGUUUAAAUCCCAUUGCAGAGGGGAAUGUAAAGUGAAAAGAAGUUAAGACCUAUCUGAAUGGAAAACUUCAAUGCUGUUUUUUAAACUGCUGCACUUUCUUUGAGAAUAAGGAAACUUUUGGAGUUCCCGUCAUGGUUUAGUAGAAAUGAAUCUGACUAGGAUCCAUGAGGACGCAGGUUCGAUCCCCGGCCUCACCCAGUGGGUUAAGGAUCUGGCGUUGCCAUGAGCUGUGGUGUAGGUCACAGAUGUGGCUCGGAUCUGGCGUGGCUGUGGUCGUGGCAUAUGCUGGCAGCAACAGCUCUGAUUAGACCCCUAGCCUGGGAACCUCCAUGUGCCGCAGGUGCGGCCCUAAAAGAAGACACACAAAAAAAGUAAAACAGUAAGGAAACUUUUCCUUUGUCUAAUUGUGGCUGCUAGAUGGGGAGAAGCUGCUUAGCAUUGCUGAGGUUUACGUGAGCAUGCUGCUGGACUUAACAGUGUCUCCUGUUUUUGGGGAAACCUCUGCCCUCUUCGAUUGAGUUGUUGGGGGCCUAUAAAAUAAAAUGACGAAAGACAGAUUGGCAAAAGAAAGGACAGAUUUUUGUUUACAUACAUAAAUGGGGGUUCAGAGAAAAAUGUGACUCAAGGCAGAAUUCGGAGUUUAUAUACCAUCUUAAUAAGAGAAGGGGACAGUGAGAAAGGGCACUGGAGGGAAAACUAAGGACUUUUAGGAAAGAUAAAUAGGCCCUUAGGAGAACAGAUGGGAGAUAUGAUAGAUCUGUGGUAACGUCUUUUUAGAUGUGGCCCUGAAACUCCCAGGGGAGAGGAUUUGUGACAGUUGACUUCUUUAGGGAGGCUCUGCUUUUAGGCAGAUAAAGGGAAUUCAGGAAAAAAGCCUCCUCCUGCAUCUGUUGAUUAUCAAAUGCAUUCAGCUCAAAAUAUUUUUAUACCACAGUGGUAUAUUCUGAACCCCUUUAUUUCCCCUGUCUAAAACGUUGCCAGUAGUUUCACAGACCAGAAGCCAAGUUGGUGGCUGUGGAGAGAAGAUUCAGGUUAGAAGUUAGUAAGAGAUCUGCAAAAGGAAGGAAGAUACAGAUUUAUAGAAAAAUAAAAGCAAAACAAAAAUGAAAAAGCAGAUUAUAUAUAAACUCAGUUUUUGAGUACAGAAGGUAGUCAGUCAAUAGGAUUUCUAGGAGUUCCCGUUGUGGCUCAGUGGAAAUGAACCCAGCUAAUAUCCAUGACGAUGUGGGUUCGAUGCUUGGCCUUGCUCAGUGGCUUAAGGAUCCAGCGUUGCUGUGAGCUGUGGUGUAGGUCACAGACACAGCUCAGAUCUGGCGUUUGCUGUGGCUGCGGUAUAGGCCCAAAGCUAUAGCUCUGAUUCGACUUCUAGCCUGGGAAUCUCCAUAUGCUGUGGUGCGGCCCUAAAAAAAAACAAAAAAAGGUUAACCAUAUAUUAAAACUGGUCAUAUCUAUGCACAUCAUCCUCAGAUGUGACAUUCCAGUGAGAGCCUUGGUAAUACAAUCAGUGCUUCCAGUUGUGUUGUGUUACCUGGAGAACAAAUUCUUAUUGCCAUGAAAAAUAAGUAUUUGAGAGUUCCUAUUGUGGCUCAGCAGGUUAAGGACCUGACUUAGUUUCUGUGAGGAUGAGGGUUUGAUCCUGGCUCAUCAGUGGGUUACAGGUCCAGCAUUGCUGCCAGCUACAGCACAGGUUGCAGAUGCAACUCAGAUAUAGUAUUUCUGUGGCUGUGGUGAAGGCCACAGCUGCAGCUCCAAUUUGACCCCUGGCCUGGGAACUUACAUAUUCUGCAGGUACAGCUGUAAAAAGAAGAAAAAAAAUAAGUAUUCAAUAAGAGUUUUUUCCAAAUUUUGGAGGGUUCAGGCAGGGAGAAAAGAUAAAAUGUUUCAUUUUUCUUUACAAAGCUAUAAUCUAAAUUGCUGUAAGUUACAGAUAGUUUAAGAGAAGAGGGGUUCCUAAAAUCCAGAAAAGAACAUUAAAGAACCAUUUUUGCUUUUUCCCAAGCAAUAAUCAUAGAAGGAAUUGUUAUCAUUCUUUAUCACUCUGUUCACUCCCUUGGCAUAAAUUCAGGUCUUUCUUGAUUUGGGUCAGCAAUUUUAUGAACCCAUAAGCUUCUCCAUUAGUUCAGGAACUGGAAAUCCUUGUUCAGCCCAGUGGUAUGAUCUUAAAGUUAUGUAAGCCUAUUAUACCUCAGAGUACCUGUUGUAGUCUUUGCCAUGGGUCUCUGAGAAGACGUUGUUGAAGAUGAAGCCUGUAACUGAUUACAGGAGUUUUCAGGGGUGUUCCUACCCAUGGCAUAGUGGGUUAGGAAUCUGACUGCAAUGGCUCUUGUCACUUUGGAGAUGCAGGAUCGAUCCCUGGCCUGGGUUAAAGGAUCCAGCAUUGCCGCUACUGUGGCGUAAGUGGCAGUUUCUGCUCGGACUCAGUGCCUGGCCAGGGAACUUCCAUGUGCUAUGGAUACAGCCAUAAAAUUUACUUUAAAAAAAAAAAAAGUUUCUAGGAAAGCAUCAGAGUAAAUAUCCGUGAAUGACAGAGGGCUUAAAAUGGCUAUGGUUAAAGUUUGAUGAGAGUUCACAGUAAUGCAGGUAACAAAUCUGAUUGUCUUUGUGACAUUCAACAUUUUAAGAUAAUUGGAGUUCUGCUAUUAUACCAGAGCAUAUCAUGGACAACUGUGACAUUAACACAUUUCUGGAAAUUUCGUACAGUUUCUGAAAUACUUAUAUUAAUAACAUAUACCCAUACAAGUAUAACCUAGGGAGGGUUUAAGCGUCACUUAUGACAGUGCUUGCCAUGCAUCUAAACAUGGCAAAUAAACUAAUUAGUUAAACACCUCUCUUUUUACGAGGUGAGAGAACAAAUCCUUUGAGACUUUCCAGGUACCCUCUGGGAAAUCUGAAAGUCAGAGGUCAAGAAAAUUUCAUUUAGAAUUUGAUUUGGAGAAGCUGUUAAAAGGUUUGAAUAUUUGAUUAAAUAAGAUCACUGUGAAAAAAUACUUGUUUCCCCCUGUGACCAAAGUGACAGUUAUUACUUUGCCUCUUAUUAAGUUCAGGCCAAUAAUCCAAGAAACUUUGUCCUUUUAACAGAGAGGAAAUUUCAGCCUCUAGUAUUGCAUGUAUACACUGUUGAGCUCAUUGUAUUAAAAAAUUAUAGGAGUUGCCGCCGUGGCUCAGCAGAAAUGAAUCUAACAUCCAUGAGGACGCAGGAUCAAUCCCCGGCCUUGUUCAUUGGGUUAAGAAUCCGGCAUUGCCACGAACUGUGGUGUAGGUCGCAGACACGGCUCAGAUCCUGCGUUGCUGUGGCUGUGGCGUAGGCCAGCAGCUACAGCUCCAAUUUGACCCCUAGCCUGGGAAUCUCCAUGUGCUGCGGGUGCAGUCCCAAAUAGACAAUAUAUAUAUAUAUGUAUAGGAGUUCCUGCUGUGGUGCAGUGUGUUAAAAAUCUGACUGUAUCAGCUCAGGUUGCUGCAAAGGUCCAGGUUUGAUCCCCAGCCUGGCGCAAUGGGUUCAAGGAUCCAUAGAUAGCAGCUAUGGCUCACAAUCAGUCCCUGGCUUGGAAACUGCCAUAUGUCACAGGUGCAGCCAUAAAAUUUAAAAAAAUAAUAAAAUUAUAAAUAAAUGUAUUCAGUCUUAGCCAGCUUGGUCACAUGAGUAAGAUUUCUCCCCACCCCCAUUCUGUCCUCUACCUUCCCUCCUCCCCUACUUCUGCAGAGCCGUUAUAACUUUCUAUACCCAUUAAGGUUUUUGUCCUUUGUUUUUUUAUUUUUGGUUUUUGUGGGUUUUUUUCCUUUUCAGGGCCGCACCCAUGGCAUAUGGAGGUUCCCAGGCUAGGGGUUGAAUCAGAGCUACAGCUACCGGCCUACACCACAGCCACAGCAAGAAAAGAUCUGAGCCACAUCUACAACCUACACCACCGCUCACAGCAACGCCAGAUCUUUAACCCGCUGAGCCAGGCCAAGGAUAGAACCCACAACCUCAUGGUUCCUAGUUGGAUUUGUUUCUGCUGUGCCACAACUGGAACGCCAGGUUUUUGUCCUUUACUUUGCUCUUUCUCAUUUUGGAAAACCAUUUGACACCCUCUAAGCAACUACUUACUUUAGGACAAAAUUACUCUCCUUUUUUCCUUAACAAAAACAUCCUUCAUUUCUUUCAGACUUCAAGACUGCUUCCCUUCUUUAUUGUUUCUAGGAUAUUUAUUUAUGUAUAUUGAUUAUUAUCCUUACACUUAGUAACCUUAAUUUCCAGUGAAAAUGGGGAAGUAGACAAUUGUGAACUGUCACACAUCAUUCUGUAGUAGAUUAACUUUGUAAAUGUGCCACCUCAAUUUAUAGAAGUAUAUGCUUAUAGUACGGGUUUUGAAUGUGGUGAAAAAACACAUAUUAACAGAUGCAAAUAUCUUUAGUCUCUAAAAAUAAGAGAUCAAAAAUAAAUAAAUUUAUGCUUAGUAAUUAAUAUCUUAGUAUUUUAUCUUAUUUGGAAAUUACCUAGACCCAGAUAUAGAGAUCUCUUAAAAUUCAUAAUGAGGGAGUUCCUGUUGUGGCUCAGUGGUUAAACAGACCCAACUAGUAUCCAUGAGGACACGGGUUCGAUCCCUGGUCUCACUCAGUGGGUUAAGGAUCUGGUGUUGCCGUGUGCUGUGGUGUAGGUCGCAGACAUGGCUCAGAUCCCGAGUUGCUGUGGCUUUGAUGUAGGCCAGCAGCUACAGCUCCAAUUUGACCCCUAGCCUGGGAACCUCCGUAUGCUGCGGAUGUGGCCCUAAAAGGACAGAAAGACCAAAAAAAAAAAAAAAAAAAAAAAACCAUAGUGCAGAUAAAUCUCCGGCUUUAGGCCAUAAACUUUGAUCUUGGGUAAGAAACCUUGACAUAUUUGAAGGAAAAGUGAAAGACAGUUGGCAAUCAGCAGCUCAGGAGAAGACAGCUGAUUAAGGAAUUUAAGCAGUAGCAUUGGCUACAGAAUUUCUACUGUUGUUGAUGCACAUCUGGAAUAAGCAGUACUGACCCCCAUUUUAACACACUUUAAAUAUUUAGUAUUGUUUUAUAAGACCUUCACUUAUCAUUAAAUCAUCAAAUUGCUGCCUGUUUCGAUUGGCAGCCAGCGUGGAAAAUGAUCACAAGAAUAUUUCCUACUAAAAGACGCUAAAACCCAUUGCACUACAGGCAUGCAGGUGACCUAAAAUCGCCCCACUCUGUUUAGCUCAGCAGCUGCCAAUAUUAUGGCAUCAACCACUGGCCACACUUGGCUUACAGUUCCAUUUCAACCCUUAUUAAUGAAACCUGCUUCAUUACAUUAAAAGACACAAUGUUGAUACAUGGACCAGACUGGUAAUUGAUAAUUUAAAUACAAAAAUGGCAUAAAGCUUCUGAAACUUCUCUGGCAAACUUAAGAUCUGCAGAUCUGCAGAUCAUCACUUUUGACCUGAGUUUGCAGAAGUAACUUUUAAGGGUGCAGCAGACCAUGUUUGUUAAAGAAAUCUUUAAGCACAGAAAUAUGGUUCCCUGCAAAUACUCCUGACAUCAUCUGCACCCAGAAGAUGUGAUAAAAGUUUAAUGAUAUCAAAUGACUCAGGACCACAGGUGGGCAAACUGCUGCCCACAGAUGAAAUCCAGUCUGCAGUUGUAUGGCCUAUAAGGUAAGAAAGAUUUUUACAUUUUAAAGGCAUUGUUUUGGCAUACAAAAAGGAAGAAGACGAAUAUGUAACAUGUGUAAUGGCCUACAAGACCUCAGGUGUUCUCUCUGGUUUUGGGGAUUGUUUCCCACUCUCUAGACCUUUAGCAAGUGUGGAAGGAUGGUAGUUCUUCCCACUGCACAUCUCUGCAGGGUGAGUCCAGUGUGAAUUUGUCAGAAUGAAAAUACUUUAUACAUUUAAGACAUUGCUCACUUCUUUGUUGAAUGUCGUCAUAGGAUUCAUGUUUAAACAGUUUGGCUGUAAAUUAUUUCUUCCUAUCAGUCUUACUACUACUGCAAAGUGCUUAAACCUUUGGGGACAAUUACAUGAUUUUGUUUUCAUUAUAAAGGGAAUUCCAUUCCCUACUGUAAAGUCCAAAAAUGCUAGUGGCUUCAUUCAGCUUUUGAGUUGUCUUCCAGAAGCUGCGAUCAUUUGACCGUUUUCUUUUCUCAUGCCAUAUAAAGUGUGUCAUGGGGGAAUUGUCAAGGAACUAAUAAGCUAUCGUGGUCACGUGCACUUCUUACUUUCUAAAAAGAGACGUUUGAAAUCCUUCCCACAAUUAGACCUUGUUUCUUUUGACUCCUUUAGAGAUAAAUUGCUUAAUACCAAUUAAUAAGUGAAUCAUUUUAAGAAGUAGAUACCAUCAAUUUCUGUCUAAUGUACUGACAAGGUAUUGUUUACUAUGAAGCAUUUCCAUGCUUUUGAUACUUCUGAGUUAUUUAUCAUUGUGACUCUUAGAUAAACUUUUCAAGCUAAUGUAGGGUUUCCCGGUUUCAUUUUAGUAUAGAAAUUUACUAGCAAUUACUUUACUAAACAUAGGUUGUCCUGAAUCUAUACAAGGAACUAACAAUUUUCAUAGAUCUCAGAACUUGCUUAUUCACUUUUUCUGUUUGACUUGCCAAUGCCACAGUUAUUUUAAUAGAAGACUAGAAUUUGAAUUUUUGUCUGACCUGCUAUAAUUUAGCUAUAUUCAGCAUUCAUUACCUCUCUGUAGGUGAAAGUAUUAAAUGCUACUGUUUUGAAUAA